CAAAUAAAAUAAUAAAUCCAAUGCCCAGAAACAUAAAAAUUCAAGUCUCGAGCCGGUAAUAUCAAUGGCUAUAAAGUUAAAUGGUUCAAGUCGAAGUUUUGUGCCAUCUCUUCGUGUUUCUGCAUUUUUAAUCUUCAUUUUCUUUGUUAUCACUUAUAUAAUUAUCUACAAUGUCUCCUUCUCCGAGCCUUCCUGGAUAACGCAAGAUGCUCUCAAACAAAACAUUGAAAAUCUAGACGAUUAUGACGCGUCAUGCAGUGGAUACUCUAUUGGAAGAAUAUUACGGGAGCAGAAACGAAUCCUUGCUUCAGUUCGUUUGGAAUUGACGGAAUCUCAAGUAAAAAUUGAAGAAAUUCGGACUGUUCAAGAAGAACUACAAAGAUUGAUUCCUCAGAAACAACUAGAACUAUCGGCUCUAGAGGGAGAAAUUGAAGCUGCACAGCGACAGUUAGAAGAGCUCCGAGAAACGCAAAAUGUCAAAGUAUUUCUGCCAUUUUCACCGCUUCAAAUUCCACGGGAAUUGGAGCAACCAUCUCAAAUUUCUCCGAAUCAGCUCGAUGACAUCAUUGAUUACAGUCGAUGCUCCAUAUCCUCAUUUAUGCCAGUUUAUGUAGAUAUUAUCACUUCAGGGCAAUCGGAGAAGGAAUGGCUGAACGUGUUUCAAGAAGUGAUACCUAAUUUAGUAGAAACACCGGAUAAGGCGUGUAUAAAGAUCCACAUCUCAAACGGCAUAGCCUCACCAAAUACGACCUUCAAUUCUAUACUAUUCAAUGUUGGAAGCCCGAUUAUCAAUUUUCAGUCGAAAUCGAUUCACGUUCAAGCUUCUAAAAUACGAAGUUUCGAUUUUCCUGUGGAUGUCAAUCAUAUAGCAGUGGAAAAAGUCGAUUUAACUCCUCUACUGCCAUUCCAGAGGGAGAAUCUGAUUAGCUUGAUCGUUGACAACACAGAAUUGAAUUUUUCUGCUUUUUCUUCUCUGUCUGCUGAGCCUUCCCGAAGACCAAUCGUUAUUGUAAAAUGCUCUCAAGAAAACUGCUCCUUGGAACGAAGAAGACAACUUAUCGGAUCUUCAACCUUCUGCUUUCUACUUCCAUCUGAAAUGUUCUUCCAAGACUUUCUAUCUUCUCUUCAGCUUGGCUGUAUUCCAAUAAUUCUCUCCAAUUCCCAACUUCUACCAUUCCAGGAUCUGAUUGAUUGGCGUCGUGCCACGUAUCGUCUUCCGUUGGCUCGCCUCCCUGAAGCUCAUUUCAUAGUUCAAUCCUUUGAAAUUUCGGAUAUUAUUGAAAUGAGAAGAGUUGGUCGGUUGUUCUAUGAGACGUAUCUAGCGGAUCGACAUUUACUCGCGAGGAGUUUGCUAGCCGCGUUACGGUACAAACUACAAAUUCCUACCAGAGAAGUGCGAAGGAAUCAAGCAAUUCCACUGUUCAACUCUUCGUUUACUGCUCCAAAAGGCUCUGUUGUAAAUGUUCAAGCGAAUUUCGAUGAUGAAUACCUCCUUGGACCGCUGGAAUCUCGUGUGGAAUCCACAUCAUAUGCCUAUAAUUUCACGGAAUUCCAACUGUACUCCUACGACUUUUGGAAUAUAAUCAUGUCACCACAUUAUACCAAAGAAUUUCUUGUCAAUGCAGCAGAACUUCCAACCGAAGCCGAAUUCUUUGAAGACACAAAAAUCGGAUUCCGUCCCAUCGAGCCUGGAAGUGGCGCUGAAUUCAGCAAGGCUUUAGGUGGGAAUCGACAAAGAGAGCAGUUCACAGUUGUCCUUCUAACCUAUGAGCGAGAUGCUGUGCUCACCGGAGCUCUGGAACGCCUUCACCAACUUCCUUAUCUCAAUAAGAUCAUUGUAGUCUGGAAUAAUGUGAAUCGAGACCCUCCAGACACUUGGCCUUCGUUGCACAUUCCUGUCGAGUUCAUUCGUGUCGCCGAGAACAAUUUGAACAAUCGAUUCGUGCCGUGGGAUCGGAUCGAGACGGAAGCGGUGCUAUCGCUGGACGAUGAUAUCGAUCUGAUGCAGCAGGAGAUCAUACUCGCAUUCCGAGUUUGGCGGGAGAAUCGAGAUCGAAUUGUUGGAUUCCCGGCACGUCAUCACGCCAGAUACGGCGAUUCGAUGUUCUAUAACAGCAAUCAUACGUGUCAGAUGAGUAUGAUUCUCACUGGUGCAGCGUUUAUUCAUAAGAACUAUUUGACUGCUUACACCUACGAAAUGCCAGCUGAAAUUCGUGAACAUGUGAAUAGCAUCAAAAACUGCGAGGACAUUGCUAUGAAUUAUUUAGUUUCUCAUCUCACACGAAAACCGCCAAUCAAAACGACUUCUCGAUGGACGCUCAAAUGUCCAACUUGCACGGAAAGCUUGUAUAAAGAAGGGACACAUUUCGAGAAACGCCACGAAUGUAUGCGAUUGUUCACGAAAAUCUACGGCUACAAUCCUCUGAAAUUCUCCCAAUUCCGUGCUGACUCGAUUCUUUUCAAGACGCGUCUCCCACAGAAUCAUCAAAAGUGCUUUAAAUAUGUGUAAAAAAAUCCCCCUCUGCAUUUGCUCACUUUCCCUAUUGCCGGUAUAAUUCACUUGUCGAAUGGUGCUACAAUUUAUUGCAACAAGUUGUUUAAAAUUUUUUAGUCGAACAUAAAAUAUAAAAUAAAUCAUGGAGAUUGAGAGUGAUGAGCC